GCUACUGCUUUUUAGUCCUCGCACGGAGAGCUGAAUAUCUGGGUAAGUAUUUGCACAAAUAUUAUUUACUGUUCAAAGCAAAUAUUUCUCGAUAUAUAGCUAGCUAGCUACACAAUCGUUCGAACCGGCUCAAAGCAAGCCGUUGUUUACACCCCACGUAUCUAACGUUAGGUGUUAGCUAGUUUCCCAGCCAUCCAACUCUCUGGUUCCCUUUGUAGCUUGGUUGCUACAGUAGUUACCCAGCCACAAGCUCAUUAGCUCGGCUAACGUUGUUGUCGUUUUAUAGCUUGUUGGCUAACGUUAGCAGUCUUCCUACAGGUAACAGUAACAUAAGCAGACAGGCAUUGCUGGACAAAGCCCUCAGAUCGAGUCUUGAAUAAACAUCACAUUGAGGGGAAGUGGUUCAGGGGAAAGUCUAUUCUAGUUAGCUCAUCUACGUAAGUAAAACAUGAAAUUCAAGUUCCUCUUUAAGUCAUAGCUAGGUCAACAGUGCAUUUAUUGCACCAACAUUUCCUUUUUUGCAUAAUUUGUUGACACCAUCUGAAUAAUGUAACAUGAAUGAACAAUGAUUGCAGAAUGAUUGCUUUUUCAUCUAAAGGUUCUAAAUUACACACUGAUGGAAGAAAUGCAAAUGGAUUCCACUCACAAUGUAACACCUGCAAGAUAACGGUCACAUUGCAAUCAUCAAAUAAGACGCACCAGAGGUGUUCCUGACUUUAUCUGAAUAAUGUGACAUGAAUGAACAAAGUAGCUUUUUAUAGCUGCACUCGAACAAACGUCCACCUUGUUGUUAAUUUAACUUGUUAAUUAGAGAGGACUUUUUAACAUUCCUAGAAUAUGCAUUGGACCUAAUUCUGUCCAGCUUGAGGUAGAUUUACCUGACGUGAAAGGGAAUGCAGAGUGCAGACUCGUCGCCCAUAGACUGCAUGCGAGCGUGAUGCCUAGGCGAAGCUUGCCGCUGCAGGGACGGAUGCGCUGGCUGUUCCUGGGGCUCUUCCUGCUGCUGGUCAUCCUCCUCUUUGCUUACUUGCUAGAGUGCACUCCCCCAGCUGACGUCAGCCUGGUCCUGCCUGGCUUGGGAGGGGAGUCCUAUGGGAAGGAGUACUACCAGGCCCUGCUGCAAGAGCAGGAGGAGCACCAGCUCAGCCGCGCCUCCAGCCUCAAGCGGCAGAUCGCCCAGCUCAAGCAUGAGCUCCAGGAGAUGAGCGAGAAGCUCAAGGUCCUGGAGGACAGAAAGGAAGGCCCCGGGGUCCAGGGGCUGGCUGAGACCAAGGACCAGGUGCCUGGGGAUCUCCUCGAGUUCCUCCACUCCCAGAUCGACAAAGCCGAGGUGAACACGGGGGCGCGGCUGCCCAGCGAGUAUGCCCUGGUCCCCUUCGAGAGCUUCACCUCUAGUAAGGUGUAUCAGCUGGAGAUGGGGCUGACCAGGCACCCAGAGGAGAAGCCUGUGCGGAAGGACCGCAGGGACGAGCUGGUGGAGGUCAUCGAGGCGGCCCUGGACGUCAUAAACAACCCUGACGAGGAGGAUGGCCAGGAGGAUGAUGUGCCCAUGCAGAGGCAGACUUACACUGAGAGCCACUUUACUGAGGGUAAGAGAGUUAUACUGGGGUAAUGUAUAACAGUGGUUCUCAACCUGAUCCUGAUGAUAAGUUGACCAAUUUUAAUGUGCUAGUGCUGCCAAAUAUCUGGUGGGGCUGAGGGCCAGCAUGGGAACUCCUAAUGCAGAUCACUAUCUGCUUGUUUCAUGGCUGCAAAAAAUGAUGUAAUCUUGCCUUUAAAGUUGAACAAUAUUUGUUCCCUAUGUUUGACAAAGCUGUGUUUACCCUUAUGUGGGCAGGGCUAUACAGAACAGAACGGGACAAAGGCACACUCUACGAGCUCUUCUUUGCAAAAGAGGACUCCGACAAUGUCCGCCACGUUACUCUUUUCCGUCCAUUCGGUCCUUUAAUGAAAGUCAGGAGCACGUCUGUAGAAACGUCCGGAGUCAUCAUCAAUAUCAUUGUGCCUUUGGCGGGCAGAACAGAUGCAUUCUCACAGUUCCUACACAACUUCAGGUCAGUGGUGGUGAGUCAUGUGAAAAUGGCAAUAUGCAGCCUAUGCCUAGUAUUUGUAAAGAUUGUGUUAAGUUUUUUUGUGAUUUCAGGGACGUUUGCAUAAAACACGAUAGGGGAGUGCAUCUUACGGUGGUCUACUUUGGACAAGAGGGCUUACGAGAGGUGAAGUCUUAUUUGGAAAAAAUGUCCAGGUUUGUUUUGUCUUUUAAUAUGAAUGAAAGGAUUUAUGAUGUGCUUUUGAUAGGAUUUUACUGCUGUAUAUCUGUCACUUGUCCAUAUGUUAUUUUCUAGUCUAGACAUUUCGUGCUCAAACAACAGACAACUGAAAUUACAUUGUUAAUUUGUAGGGAGGAGAGCUUUUCCAACUACACCCUUAUCCCAGUGGACGAGGAGUUUUCCAGGGGCAGGGGUCUGGACAUCGGAGCCCGCUCCUGGAAGAAGGGUGACGUAUUGAUGUUCUUCUGUGAUGUGGAUAUCUACUUCACACUGGACUAUCUCAACAACUGCCUUCUUCACACCACUCCAAGUAGGUGCCUUCUAUCAAAACAUUGUAACCUACACAUUCCUGUUUCCUAGGGAUGUAACGAUUCACCGAUACGCAUCGGUCCCCGAUUCAAAUGUUUGAGAUAUGACUGCAGCCGCGGACCCGAAACUGAUCCAAAUUUGGCAAGCAUCGGUCAGAAAAUCGAUUCAAACGUUACGAAUCAGUGAUUUUAUUUUAUGUUGCUCAUAUUACUUUCUACCUGCUGAAAAUACCUCAUAUUUUGUGACAACUGUGCAUCCUGUCCUUCAGUGUCGAACUAAGCAUGCACUUGUGUUGACAGUCAAGUCAUUUUGCAUGCCGAACAACCUCAGUAUCAGUAGCCUGGUCAAACUGCGCACAGUGCCCAGCUUCGUGUGCUGACCAACGUGAGGUAGGUGGCCUGUUCCUGAUCUUGCACAUCUGCGAGGCACCUUCAGCGUUCAAAUGCUAAGAUGGCUUACACGACAUCAGGCUUUAAUAGUUGAGUGACAACCUAUGUAAUUUGCUUGGUUAUUGUUAUCUAUGCGCUGUUGAAAAUGGUGUUUUACCGGAAUAAAAGUAAACUACCGGAGACACAACUCUCAUCUGGUUAUAGGCUACCUGCUGAAUGGGGCUUAACAAUAUAUUUUAUUUAGAUUGUUCAGGUUCACCAUCAGCAUUUUUAGAUAGGUUAAAGUAGAUCAUUUUAUAACGAGGACAGCAAUCACUUUGCGAGGCGCACUACAUGGCCAAAUUGGGAAGAGAAAAGAAGCUCACUAAAAACUUCCAAACGAUCAAAACCAUUCGGUUUUGAGAUGGGGGUGAAAUCCAAAGUUUUGCUAUAUAUUCAUUGGCUAUGUCAUAGCUAAUUUGUAAAUGAUAAAUAUUGAUACAUUACUAGCGCAAACACUUAAUCUUCAAAAAUGACAAGUUAAUUAGUGAGUGAUGGUGAUUUCAGAACCAAAGUGGGGGACAAAAAACAUAUGCUACAUUGCCCCCCCCAAUCUGAUUGUGGUAGUGCGGUGGUAGAUGCCUACAGUGGCUUACGAAAGUAUUUACCCCCCUUCGCAUUUUUCCUAUUUUGUUGCCUUACAACCUGGAAUUAAAAUGGAUUUUUGGUGGGUUUGUAUGUCUCAAUAAGCUUGGCACAUCUAGCCACUGGGAUUUUUGCCCAUUCUUCAAGGCAAAACUGCUCCAGCUCCUUCAAGUUGGAUGGGUUCCGUUGGUGUACAGAAAUCUUUAAGUCAAUUGGAUUGAGGUCUGGGCUUUGACUAGGCCAUUUAAAUGUUUCCCCUUAAACCACUCGAGUGUUGCUUUAGCAGUAUGCUUAGGGUCAUUGUCCUGCUGGAAGGUGAACCUCCGUCCCAGUCUCAAAUCUCUGGAAGACUGAAACAGGUUUCCCUCACGAAUUUCCCUGUAUUUAGCGCCAUCCAUCAUUCCUUCAAUUCUGACCAGUUUCCCAGUCCCUGCCGAUGGAAAAACAUCCCCACAGCAUGAUGCUGCCAUCACCAUGCUUCACUGUGGGGAUGGUGUUCUCGGGGAGGUGAAAGGUGUUGGGUUUGCGCCAGACAUAGCAUUUUCCUUGAUGGCCAAAAAGCUCAAUUUGAGUCUCAUCUGACCAGAGUACCUUCUUCCAUAUGUUUGGGGAGUCUCCCAUAUGCCUUUUGGCAAACACCAAACGUGUUUGCUUAUUUUUUUCUUUAAGCAAUGGCUUUUUUUCUGGCCACUCUUCCGUAAAGCUCAGCUCUGUGGAGUGUACGGCUUAAAGUGGUCCUAUGGACAGAUACUCCAAUCUCUGCUGUGGAGCUUUGCAGCUCCUUCAGGGUUAUAUUUGGUAUCUUUGUUGCCUCUCUGAUGAAUGCCCUCCUUGCCUAGUCCGUGAGUGUUGGUGGGCGGCCCUCUCUUGACAGGUUUUUUGUGGUGCCAUAUUAUUUCAAUUUUUUAAUAAUGGAUUUAAUGGUGCUCUGUGGGAUGUUCAAAGUUUCAGAUAUUUUUUUAUAACCCAACCCUGAUCUGGUUUCUCCACAACUUUGUCCCUGACCUGUUUGGAGAGCUCCUUGGUCUUCAUGGUGCCGCUUGCUUGGUGGUGUCCCUUGCUUAGUGGUGUUGCAUACUCUGGGGCCUUUCAGAACAGGUAUAUGUGUGUGUGUGUAUGUGUGUGUAUAUAUAUAUAUAUAUAUAUAUAUAUAUAUAUAUACACACACACACACACACACACACACACACACACAGUGGGGGGAAAAAAGUAUUUAGUCAGCCACCAAUUGUGCAAGUUCUCCCACUUAAAAAGAUGAGAGAGGCCUGUAAUUUUCAUCAUAGGUACACGUCAACUAUGACAGACAAAAUGAGAAGAAAAGAAAUCCAGAAAAUCACAUUGUAGGAUUUUUUAUGAAUUUAUUUGCAAAUGAUGGUGGAAAAUAAGUAUUUGGUCAAUAACAAAAGUUUCUCAAUACUUUGUUAUAUACCCUUUGUUGGCAAUGACACAGGUCAAACGUUUUCUGUAAGUCUUCACAAGGUUUUCACACACUGUUGCUGGUAUUUUGGCCCAUUCCUCCAUGCAGAUCUCCUCUAGAGCAGUGAUGUUUUGGGGCUGUCGCUGGGCAACACGGACUUUCAACUCCCUCCAAAGAUUUUCUAUGGGGUUGAGAUCUGGAGACUGGCUAGGCCACUCCAGGACCUUGAAAUGCUUCUUACGAAGCCACUCCUUCGUUGCCCGGGCGGUGUGUUUGGGAUCAUUGUCAUGCUGAAAGACCCAGCCACGUUUCAUCUUCAAUGCCCUUGCUGAUGGAAGGAGGUUUUCACUCAAAAUCUCACGAUACAUGACCCCAUUCAUUCUUUCCUUUACACGGAUCAGUCGUCCUGGUCCCUUUGCAGAAAAACAGCCCCAAAGCAUGAUGUUUCCACCCCCAUGCUUCACAGUAGGUAUGGUGUUCUUUGGAUGCAACUCAGCAUUCUUUGUCCUCCAAACACGACGAGUUGAGUUUUUACCAAAAAGUUCUAUUUUGGUUUCAUCUGACCAUAUGACAUUCUCCCAAUCCUCUUCUGGAUCAUCCAAAUGCACUCUAGCAAACUUCAGACGGGCCUGGACAUGUACUGGCUUAAGCAGGGGUACACGUCUGGCACUGCAGGAUUUGAGUCCCUGGCGGCGUAGUAUGUUACUGAUGGUAGGCUUUGUUACUUUGGUCCCAGCUCUCUGCAGGUCAUUCACUAGGUCCCCCGUGUGGUUCUGGGAUUUUUGCUCACCGUUCUUGUGAUCAUUUUGACCCCACGGGGUGAGAUCUUGCGUGGAGCCCCAGAUCGAGGGAGAUUAUCAGUGGUCUUGUAUGUCUUCCAUUUUUCUCAAUUUGUCUGUCAUAGUUGACGUGUACCUAUGAUGAAAAUUACAGGCCUCUCUCAUCUUUUUAAGUGGGAGAACUUGCACAAUUGGUGGCUGACUAAAUACAUUUUUUUCCCCACUGUGUGUGUGUGUGUAUAUAUAUAUAUAUAUAUAUAUAUAUAUAUAUAUAUAUAGAUCAUGUGACAGAUCAUGUGACACUUAGAUUGCACACAGGUGGACUUUAUUUAACUAAUUAUGUGACUUCUGAAGGUAAUUGGUUGCACCAGAUCUUAUUUAGGGGCUUCAUAGCAAAGGGGGUGAAUACAUAUGCACGCACCACUUUUCCGUUAUUUAUGUUUUAGAAUUUUUUGAAACAAGAUAUUUUUUUUACUUCACCAAUUUUGACUUUUGUGUAUGUCCAUUUACAUGAAAUCCAAAUAAAAAUCCAUUUAAAUUAUAGGUUGUAAUGCAACAAAAUAGGAAAAACGCCAAGGGGGAUGAAUACUUCUGCAAGGCACUGUAGUCUCCCUUAUGGCUCAGAUCAGGUGCCUACAUAGUACAUAUACCAUAGACAUACAUCAUUUACGCUCACAAACACACACAGAAGUCAGCUCAAACAGAUCCAGCUAAGAGACCCAGCUCAUGAGCUCCAUCAGCAGCAUAUUUGAACUUAGAAAGGAAAAUGAAUGUGUUUAUGCAACAAAUGUUAGUGCAUGGAAUCGUAUCGUUUCGUUUUCUAAUCAAAUCAAAAUGCACUGAAUCGUUUCAAAUUAAAACGUAUUGUUCCUGUAUCGUAUCGGAGCCCAUGUAUCUACAGUGCUUUCGGAAAGUAUUCAGACCCCUUGACUUUUUCCACAUUUUGUUACGUUACAGCCUUAUUCUAAAAUUGAUUCAAUUGUUUUUUUCCCUCAUCAAUCUACACACAAUACCCAAUAAUGUCAAAGCAAAAACAGGUUUUUAGAAAUGUUUGCAAAUGUAUUAAAAAUUAUCAAAUUUACAUAAGUAUUCAGACCCUUAACUCAGUACUUUGUUGAAGCACCUUUGGCAGCGAUUACAGCCUCGAGUCUUCUUGGGUAUGAUGCUACAAGCUUGGCACACAUGUAUUUGGGGAGUUUCUCCCAUUCUUCUCUGCAGAUCCUCUCAAGCACUUGUCAGGUUGGAUGGGGAGCGUCGCUGCACAGCUAUUUUCAGGUCUCUCCAGAGAUGUUAGAUCGGCUUCAAGUCUGGGCUCUGGCUGGGCCACUCAAGGACAUUCAGAGACUUGUCCCGAAGCCACUCCUGUGUUGUCUUGGCUGUGUGCUUAGGUUCGUUGUCCUGUUGGAAGGUGAACCUUCGCCCCAGUCUGAGGUCCUGAGCGCUCUGAAACAGGUUUUCAUCAAGGAUCUCUCUGUACUUUGCUCCGUUCAUCUUUCCCUCGAUCCUGAAAAGUGUCACAGUCCCUGCCGCUGAAAAACAUCCCCACAGCAUGAUGCUGCCACCACCAUGCUUCACCGUAGGGAUGGUGCCAGGUUUCCUCCAGACGUGAUGCUUGGCAUUCAAGCCAAAGAAUUCAAUAUUGGUUUCAUCAGAACUGAGAAUCUUGUUUGUCAUGUUCUGAGAGUCCUUCAGGUGCCUUUUGCAAACUCCAAGCAGGCUGUCAUGUGCCUUUUACUGAGAGUGGCUUCCGUCUGGCCACUCUACCGUAAAGCCCUGAUUGAUGGAGUGCUGCAGAGAUGGUUGCCUGUCUGGAAGGUUCUCCCAUCUCCACAGAGGAACUCUGGAGCUCUGUCGGGGUGACCAUCGGGUUCUUGGUCACCUCCCUGACCAAGGCUCUUCUCCCCCGAUCCCGAUUGCUCAUUUUGGCCGGCUCUAGGAAGAGUCUUGAUGGUUCCAAACUUCUUCCAUUUAAUAAUGAUGGAGGCCACUGUGUUCUUGGGGACCUUCAAUGCUGCAGACAUUUUUUGGUGCCCUUCCCCAGAUUUGUGCCUCGACACAAUCCUGCCUCGGAGCUCUGUGGAUAAUUCCUUCGACCUCAUGGCUUGGUUUUUGCUCUGACAUGCACUGUCAACUGUGGGACCUUAUAUAGUCAGGUGUGUGCCUUUCCAAAUCAUGUCCAAUCAAUUGAAUUUACCAACAGGUGGACUCCAAUUGAGUUGUAGAAACAUCUAAAGGAAGAUCAAUGGAAACAGGAUGCACCUGAGCUCAAUUUCGAAUGUCAUAGCAAAGGGUCUGAAUACUUACGUAAAUAAGGUAUUUCAGUUUUUUUAUUUGUAAUAAACUUGCGACAGUUUCUAAACACCUGUUUUCGCUUUGUCAUUAUGGGGUAUUGUGUGUAGAUUAAUCAAUUUUAGAAUAAGGCUGUAACGUAACAAAAUGUGGAAAAGGGGAAGGGGUCUGAAAUACUUUCCGAAUACACUGUAGAUACGUAUCGAAUCGUCUUGAAAGGGAAGGAUGCACAUCCCUAAUGUUUCCUUCCUUCAAAUUCUUUGGGGUUUUUCAUGAGUACUGGCAGUAUGUGACUUGUCUUUUUUCUAAAUGUGUACUAUUGGCAUUUUGCAUGUAAUUUGUACCAAAAUAUAUUUCAACCCCUCCCUCUUAUGUUUUCUUCUUGUAGACAAGAGAGUCUUUUAUCCGGUGGUUUUCAGUUUGUAUAAUCCUGCCAUAGUCUAUGGAAAUCUGGAGCUGGCUCCCCCCAUUGAAAGUCAACUUGUAAGUACCUUUAAAAAUGCUUGACCAAAAAAAUACAUACACUACCGGUCAAACGUUUUAGAACACUUACUCAUUCCAGGGUUUUUCUUUAUUUUACUAUUUUCUACAUUGUAGAAUAAUAGUGAAGACAUAAAAACUAUGAAAUAACACAUAUAGAAUCAUGUAGUAACCAAAAAAAGUUUUAAACAAAUCAGAAUAUAUUUUAUAUUUGAGAUUCUUCAAAUAGCCACCCUUUGCCUUGAUGACAGCUUUGCACACUCUUGGCAUUCUCUCAACCAGCUUCACUUGGAAUGCUUUUCCAACAGUCUUGAAGGAGUUCCCACAUAUGCUCAGCACUUGUUGGCUGCUUUUCCUUCACUCUGCGGUCCGACUCAUCCCAAACCAUCUCAAUUUGGUUGAGGUCGGGGGAUUGUGGUGGCCAGGUCAUCUGAUGCAGCACUCCAUCACUCUCCUUCUUGGUAAGGUACCCCUUACACAGCCUGGAGGUGUGUUUUGGGUCAUUGUCCUGUUGAAAAACAAAUGAUAGACCCACUAAGCCCAAACCAGAUGGGAUGGCAUAUCGCUGCAGAAUGCUGUGGUAGCCAUGCUGGUUAAGUGUGCCUUGAAUUCUAAAUUAAUCACAGACAGUGUCACCAGCAAAGCACCCCCACACCAUAACACCUCCUCCUCCGUGCUUUACUGUGGGAAAUACACAUGCGGAGAUCAUCCGUUCACCCACACCUCGUCUCACAAAGACACGGCGGUUGGAACCAAAAAUCUCCAAUUUGGACCCCAGACCAAAGGAUAGAUUUCCACCGGUCUAAUGUCCAUUGCUCGUAUUUCUUGGCCCAAGCAAGUCUCUUCUUCUUAUUGGUGUCCUUUAGUAGUGGUUUCUUUGCAGCAAUUUGACCAUGAAGGCCUGAUUCAUGCAGUCUCCUCUGAACAGUUGAUGUUGAGAUGUGUCAGUGACUUGAACUCUGUGAAGCAUUUAUUUGGCCUGUAAUUUCUGAGGCUGGUAACGCUAAUGAACUUAUCCUCUGCAGCAGAGGUAACUCUGGGUCUUCCAUUCUUGUAGCGGUCCUCAUGAGCGCUUGAUGGUUUUUGCGACUGCACUUUCAAAGUUCUUGAAACGUUCCGUAUUGACUGACCUUCAUGUCUUAAAGUAAUGAUGGACUGUCGUUUCUCUUUGCUCAUUUGAGCUGUUCUUGCCAUAAUAUGGACUUGGUCUUUUACCAAAUAGGGCUAUCUUCUGUAUUCCCCCCCUACCUUGUCACAACACAACUGAUUGGCUCAAACGCAUUAAGAAGGAAAGAAAUUCCACAAAUUAACUUUUAAGAAGGCACACCUGUUAAUUGAAAUGCAUUCCAGGUGACUACCUCAUGAAGCUGGUUGAGAGAAUUCCAAGCGUGUGCAAAGCUGUCAUCAAGGCAAAGGGUGGCUAUUUGAAGAAUCUCAAAUAUAAAAUAUAUUUUGAUUUGUUUAAAAUUUUUUGGUUACUACAUGAUUCCAUAUGUGUUAUUUCAUAGUAUUAAUGUCUUCACUAAUAUUCUACAAUGUAGAAAAUAGUAAAAAUUAAGAAAAACCCUUAAAUGAGUAGGUGUUCUAAAACUUUGGAUCGGUAGUGUAUAUACACUACAUGACCAAAAGUAUGUGGACACCUGCUUGUCGAACAUCUAAUUCCAAAAUCAUGAGCAUUAAUAUGGAGUUGGUCCCCCCCAUUUGCUUCUAUAACAGCCUCCACUCUUCUGGGAAGGCUUUCCACUAGAUGUCAACAAUGCUGCAGGGACUUGCUUCAAUUCAGCCAGAAGAGCAUUAGUGAGGUUGGGCGAUUAGGCCUGGCUCACAGUCGGCGUUCUAAUUCAUCCCAUAGGUGUUCGAUGGGGUUGAGGUCAGGGCUCUGUGCAGGCCAGUCAAGUUCUUCCACACCGAUCUCGACAAACCAUUUCUGUAUGGACCUCGCUUUGUGCUCAGGGCCAUUGUCAUGCUGAAGCAGGAAAGUGCCUUCCCCAAACUGUUGGCCAUGUCAUUGUUUGCGGUAAGAUUUCCCGUCACUGGAACUAAGGGGCCUAGCCCGAACCAUGAAAAACUGCCCCACUCCAUUAUUCCUCCUCCACCAAACUUUACAGUUUGCACUAUGUAUUCAGGGCAGGUAGUGUUCUCCUGGCAUCCGCCAAACCCAGAUUCAUCCGUCGGACUGCCAGAUGGUGAAGCGUGAUUCAUCACUCCAGAGAAUGCGUUUCCACUGCUCCACUGGCGGCGAGCUUUACACCACUCCAGCCAAUGCUUGGCAUUGCUCAUGGUGAUCGUAGGCUUGUGUGUGGCUGCUCAGCCUUGGAAACACAUUUCAUGAAGCUCCCGACGAACAGUUCUUGUGACGACGUUGCUUCCAGAGGCAGUUUGGAACUCUGUAGUGAGUGUUGCAACCGAGGACAGACGAUUUUUAUGCGCUUCAGCACUCAGUGGUCCCGUUCAAAUCAAAUGUUAUUUGCCACAUGCGCCGAAUACAACAGGUGUAGACAUUACCGUGAAAUGCUUACUUACAGCCCUUAACCGUCAAUGCAUUUAUUUUAAUAAAAAGUCAAAUAAAACAACAAAAAAGUGUUGAGAGAAAAAAAGAGCAGAAGUAAAAUAAAAUAACAGUAGGGAGGCUAUAUACACGGGGGUACCGGUGCAGAGUCAAUUUGCGGGGGCACUGGCUAGUUGAGGUAAUAUGUACAUGUGGGUAGAGUUAAAGUGACUAUGCAUAAAUAAUAAACAGAGUACCAGCAGCGUAAAAAGAUGGGGUGGGGGGCAGUGCAAAUAGUCCGGGUAGCCAUGAUUAGCUGUUCAGGAGUCUUAUGGCUUGGGGGUAGAAGCUGUUGAGAAGCCUUUUGGACCUAGACUUUGCGCUCCGGUACCGCUUGCUGUGCGGUAGCAGAGAGAACAGUCUAUGACUAGGGUGGCUGGAGUCUUUGACAAUUUUGAGGGCCUUCCUCUGACACCGCCUGGUAUAGAGGUCCUGGAUGGCAGGAAGCUUGGCCCCAGUACUGGGCCGUACGCACUACCCUCUGUAGUGCCUUGCGGUCGGAGGCCGAGCAGUUGCCAUACCAGGCGGUGAUGCAACCAGUCAGGAUGCUCUCUGGUGCAGCUGUAUAACUUUUUUUUGGAGGAUCUGAGGACCCAUGCCAACUCUUCACGACUGUCUUGGUGUGUUUGGACCAUGAUAGUUUGUUGGUGAUGUGGACACCAAGGAACUUGAAGCUCUCAACCUGUUCCACUACAGCCCCGUCGAUGAGAAUGGGGGCGUGCUUCUGUGAGCUUGUGUGGCCUACCACUUCGCAGCUGAGCUGUUGUUGCUCCUAGACGUUUCCACUUCACAAUAAUAGCACUUACAGGGAGGGAGCAGCUAGCAGGGCAGAAAUUUGACAAACUGACUUGUUGGAAAGGUGGCAUCCUAUGACAGUUGCCACGUUGAAAGUCACUGAGCUCUUCAGUAAGGCCAUUCUACUGCCAAUGUUUGUCUAUGGAGAUUGCAUGGCGGUGUGCUCGAUUUUAUACACCUGUCAGCAACGGGUGCGUCUGAAAUAGCCGACUCCACUAAUUUGAAGGGGUGUCCACAUACUUUGUGUAUAUAUAGUGUAUUUAAUUGUAACUCAAUGUUUACAUUAGUCGACUUGCCAAUGUCAAGUGUUCUUUCCGUAUAGAUUCACAAGAAAGAUGCUGGAUUCUGGAGAGAUUUUGGCUUUGGAAUGACUUGUCAGUACCGCUCGGACUUCCUCAAUAUAGGUAAGCCGUGUUAACCGAGAAGUAUUGCUACGGUGUUGUGUGCUUUCUAUGUAUUUAUACUGUGACAUUUCUAUAAGCAAGAGGUCUUCUUUCUAGGAGGUUUUGACCUGGAAGUGAAAGGUUGGGGUGUGGAAGAUGUCCACUUGUACAGGAAGUACCUGCGGAGCGACCUGAUCGUGACGCGUACGCCAGUAUCCGGCCUCUUCCACCUGUGGCACGAGAAGCAGUGUGCAGACGAGCUGACUCCAGAACAGUAUCGCAUGUGCAUCCAGUCCAAAGCCAUGAAUGAGGCGUCCCACUCUCACCUGGGCAUACUGGUGUUCCGUGAGGAGAUCGAGAAUCACCUCCGCAAGCAGGCCUAUAAGACCCAGGGCAAAACUGAAGACUGAAUUAUGCCUUUUCGCUAGGCGGCCAUCUUAGGUACUCUCUGCAUCAGAACUCCUCGCUUUUUUAAAAGAAACAAAUACAAGAACUGAGGUCCUCUGUAGCUCAGCUGGUAGAGCACGGCGCUUGUAACGCCAAGGUAGUGGGUUCGAUCCCCGGGACCACCCAUACACAAAAAUUUAUGCACGCAUGACUGUAAGUCGCUUUGGAUAAAAGCGUCUGCUAAAUGGCAUAUUAUAUUAUUAUUAUUACACUCAUGUUGUUACUAACAUGAUUAAAAUGCGCUAUACAGAAGACCUGUUUACACAAAAUCCUGUUAUAUUUCACAGAUCAGCUAAAGACACGUAUGGGAAUGUACAAAAAAUUUACUUAAUGUGAAGCGUCAACUUAAACAUUUCAAAAGACUGAGAAUGACACUACCUGCGUCAACACAAAAAGACUGAUGGAACGUCUUUGCCUUAACUUGAUAAUAACUUCAAUGUCCUUAAUGUCCUUGCCCGUGAGGUCAAUGGACAGUGUUCUUCUUUUUAAAAAAUGUAUCGCUACGAUAGCUCUACUGCCAUAGUUGUAUUUAUUUAUAAUAAUGUCAAGAUUGAUUUAAAGUUGUACAGUGAUAAAAAAUAAAGGGACCUUUAUGUUUGAAUAGGCUUUGUUGAAAGGUGAAAAUAAGUCAGAGGCAGUGUUUAUCAGCGUCGAAGAAGAUUAUUUAUCCUAUCGGUUUUAAUUUGUUUAUUUGGGAAAUGUACCAAAAUAUACAGAUCGGACUGGAUUGUGACUGAAGAUGCAUCACAGUAUUAAACUUACCUUUCAUUAAG